AUGUUGCUAUCUCUCUUGUUGGUGCCUCUGACUUUAGUGUCCCGCGUCCUCGCGGACGAUACUUGCCAGCAUCCGUCAGUGGAAACAUACGCCCCGAUCCCAGCGAGCGCGGCUGGACCAGCAGUAUCAAACACUACUGGUUUCCGGGUUGAAUCAUUCGGCCAAGGCGCAUAUCUACUUACCGAUGGACUUUAUCAAGUACUUUUCUUAGUGGCAAACGAAAGCGUUAUCGUUGUCGAUGCCCCACCAACCAUUGGCCACAAUAUCCUGAAAGGUGUACAAUCAGUCACUGAUCUACCGAUCUCGCACUUCGUGUAUAGUCAUGCACACGCCGACCACAUCGGGGCUGCCAGUCUUGUAACGGGACCCAACGUCACGACCAUCGCCCACUUUGAGACUGCCAGUGAAUUAGCUCAAGUCAAUGAUCCUGCAAGACCUGCUCCCAAUGUGACGUUUGCGGAUCACUACAAAUUGGAGGUGUGCAAUCAAACCUUAGAACUAGCGUACAAGGGUCCGAACCACCAACCCGGCAAUCUGUUCAUCUAUGCACCGUUGCAGAAGGUCUUGAUGCUCGUUGACAUUGUUUAUCCUGGCUGGGUUCCGUUUGAAAACCUGGGAGAGUCGCAGAAUAUUCCUGGAUACAUCAAGGCACAUGACCAGCUGUUGGAAUACGACUUCGACCACUACUUGGGAGGCCAUCUCAAUCGAGCCGGGACCAGGGAGGAUGUUAUUAUCCAAAGGGCAUACGUGACAGACCUUUACAACAACUGUGCUGAGGCGAUACGCCUGAGUGCAGAGCCACCGAGUGCAUCGAACCCAUUGUCUGCACAAACUGCCCUCGCAGCAAUAGCAGAGGCUAAUCCGGGAAAUUCGUGGGCGAUGUUCGACCAUUAUGUCGCGGAUGUUACUGCGGAAUGGUGUGCGAAUAAAACGCAAUCGCAAUGGUUAGGACGGCUAGCUGCGGUAGACGUAUACAUAAAGUCCCAUGCUAUGGUUAUGGUCGAGUCCCUCAGGAUUGAUUUUGGUCUUCUUGGGCCAUUCGGUGUGGCCAGUAAAUAG